AUGAGCCGCCUUUUGACGACACGGCAGGCUGAGGAGCUCCACAAAUCCAUGAUCGCAUACCUACUCUCCGCCAAGCUCCCCAAUACCGCCGCUGCCUUGAGAGAGGAGAUUGGGCUGGAGGAGAGCACGUUCGAUGCCGAGACGGCCAAGAAGUAUGAGGGCCUUCUGGAGAAGAAAUGGACGAGCGUCGUGAGGCUUCAGAAGAAAAUUAUGGAUCUCGAAUCCAAGAACGCCGCCCUGCAGACCGAGCUCGAUAACGCGACGCCUCUAUCAUUUGCUAAGCGUAGCCAGGACCCCAGUGCCUGGCUACCGAGAUCGCCUCCCCGAUAUUCGCUAGAAUCUCACCGCGACGCGGUAAACUGUAUCGCUUUCCACCCCGCCUUCUCGUCGAUUGCCUCUGGCUCGGCCGACUGCACGAUCAAGAUAUGGGAUUGGGAGUUUGGCGAGCUGGAAAAGACCAUCAAGGGACACACAAAGGCUGUGCAGGAUCUGGAUUUCGGAGGACCCAAGGGCGCUACCCUGCUGGCGUCUUGCGCAUCCGACCUGACCAUCAAGCUGUGGGAUCCCGCCGAUGACUACAAGAACAUCCGGACGCUUCAGGGCCACGACCACAGCAUUAGCACCGUCCGAUUCAUUCCCUCGGGCACUGGCGGCAGCAACAUGCUUGUCAGCGCCAGCGGAGACAACACGCUCAAAAUCUGGGACACCACGACAGGCUAUUGUGUCAAGACGCUGACGGGCCACAGCGGCUGGGUGCGCCACGUCGACCCUUCGAUUGACGGUCGCUACCUCGUCUCGACAGGAAACGACCGGACGGCGCGCAUCUGGGACUUGUCCAUGCCAAAUCCCGAAAACACGGUGACAAUGUUCGGCCACGAGAACGUCAUCAAGUGCUGUGCACUUGCGCCGCCCGCCUCGUACAAGCACCUGGCGAACCUGGCCGGAUUGAAGAACCCGCCUUCUGCAAGCAGUACCGCCGAGUUCGUUGCCACUGGUUCGCGAGACAAGACGAUCAAGCUGUGGGAUUCCAGAGGAACGUGCCUCAAGACACUGGUCGGGCAUGACAAUUGGGUCAGCGCUCUAGUGUUCCAUCCUGGAGGCAAGUACUUGCUCUCCGUGGCCGACGACAAGACCCUAAGAUGUUGGGAUCUCAGCCAGGAGGGGAAAUGCGUCAAGGUUCUGGAGGACACACAUGAACAGUUCAUCACCUGUCUUCGGUGGGUGUCUGGCUCCAACCGCGGCGAUGCCGCAGCGAAUGGCGACGGCAAGGCCGGAGAUGACAAGAAGGGAGAUGCGCCUGGCCAGUUCCGCUGUGUCAUUGCGACGGGAGGCAUGGAUUCGGCCGUCAAGAUCUUCGCGAACUGA